UGAGAAAUGAAAGAAGUGAGAAAUUUACCUUACUCUUGGAAAGGGCCGUCACUUUCAUUCAAUACCUUUUUCUCUUCUCUCUUCUUCUGCAAGAGAUGUGAUUUCCAAAUAGUUCUCCGCCCAAAAUCUGAGGAACCAAGGAUUUGCACCGCCGAGGAACAUCGCAAAUCCGUUCAAAUCUAAUGGAAACAAUUGAUUCAAUUACUGGUUUCUCUAAUCUUCUUCAACCUCCAGAUUUCUCUCAGUAUGUUGAAAUUGAUCCGACUGGCAGAUAUGGAAGAUAUAAUGAAAUCCUCGGCAAAGGAGCUUCCAAGACAGUUUACAGAGCGUUUGAUGAGUAUGAAGGGAUUGAAGUUGCUUGGAACCAGGUCAAGCUCUGUAACUUCCUUCAAUGCCCUGAAGAUCUUGAGAGGCUAUACUCUGAGAUUCAUCUUUUAAAAUCAUUGAAGCAUAAGAACAUUAUGAAAUUUUAUACCUCAUGGGUCGAUACUGCAAAUAGGAACAUCAACUUUGUUACUGAAAUGUUCACCUCUGGGACUUUGAGGCAAUAUCGGCUAAAACAUAGGAGAGUUAACAUUAGAGCAGUGAAGCGAUGGUGCAGACAAAUCUUGAGGGGUCUUCUCUAUUUGCAUAGCCAGAACCCCCCUGUGAUCCACAGAGAUCUCAAGUGCGAUAACAUUUUAGUUAAUGGUAAUCAAGGAGAAAUUAAAAUUGGAGAUCUUGGUCUCGCUGCUAUUCUCCGGAAAUCGCAUGCUGAUCAUUGCGUCGGGACACCAGAGUUCAUGGCUCCUGAAGUAUAUGAAGAGGCUUAUAAUGAAUUGGUAGACAUUUAUUCUUUUGGGAUGUGUGUUUUGGAGAUGGUUACAUUUGAAUAUCCAUAUAGUGAAUGUAAUCAUCCUGUUCAAAUCUAUAAGAAAGUAAUUUCUGGAAAAAAACCAGAUGCCUUAUAUAAAGUGAAGGAUCCGAGCAUGCGGCAAUUUGUUGAGAAAUGCUUGGCACCAGUCUCUUGUAGACCUUCAGCAAGGGAACUUUUGAGUGACCCUUUUCUCCAAAUUGAUGAUUGUGAAAGUAAGUUACAACUUUCAGGAUGUCCGAGAGAACUCAACGGUAUUGCUUUUACUACAGCACACCCUUUCCUUGAACGACAAGGAAGUUUCAGCUCGAUUAAUUACUGUUUGGAGGCCUCAGAUGAAUGGAGGUGUCGUUCGGUUCAGACUGAACCUGAUGGGUUUGAACUUUUUGAGAAUGAUGAUGAUGACCAAUUGGAAAACCUUGAUAACAGUAUUAAGGGGAAGAUAAGAGAAGAUGGCAGCAUUGUUCUUAGACUUAGGAUUGCAGAUAAAGAAGGACGGAUUCGAAACAUUUACUUCCCGUUUGACACCAAGAAUGAUACAGCAUUAACGGUUGCUACUGAAAUGAUAGCAGAACUUGAUAUUACCGACCAAGAUGUGAUCAAGAUAGCUGAAAAAAUUGAUGGGGAAAUUGCUUCCUUGGUACCUGAGUGGAAGUCGGGGCCUGGAAUAGAUGAAACACCUCGUAUCUCUUACGAUGGUGGCUGUCAAAGCCACGACGCUGCUAACCAUUCAUGUGAUCAUAGUUUGAUAGGGAAUAACCAAAAUGGAGAAAAACUCUAUCAGAUUUUAAACUUGAGCACAGUUGAACGUGCUUCGGUGCACGAACUUUUCAAGCAGGACUCCCUCAAAGCUGAUCCGCCUCCAGAACCUGUGGUAGAGAGUCCACCAAAAGUGUCAAGCCAGCAUUAUCAGCCAAACUCAGUCCUCCUUGAAAAUCCAGCUCUUGGUUCUCAUAGUUUUAGGCAUAGCCAUUCUAAUCAAAAUUUCAAGAAAAUAGGCCAGUCGAUCAUUGUUGGGGAUGACAAAGAAAAAAUACUAGAUAAAAAUGCCAUUGCAAGAACUUCACUCAGAAGCUUGCUGGGUUCCCGAUCGCUGUCAACAGUUCCGUCCUAUCGUGAAGAUAAAUUUGCAUCCCAAAUUCAUCGAGAAAUUAGAUGGCUAUGGAAUUGAGAAAAUUUAGAGAAAUCAGUUGGAACUUUUCUUGCUGCCCCUCUAGAUUGCAACAAACAAUUGAGGAUGCAGCUGAAAACAUGGUUUUUAUCAGAUAAGACUGUGAAGAUUGAAAUCAUAGUUGGUGUGAAUAAUGUCAUUAUAGCUGCCCCGUUCAGAUGUCCAAAGGACCCGAAAUUGCGAGGCGUUUGUUAGAAUCUUCAACUGCAGAGUAUAUUUUCAAGAGUUCAUAUUACAGGCACAUUGCCUCCAUAGACCAACUCUCUACUCAUAGAUGCUGUUUUUAUGUUGCACAGAAACAUGUAAGUUACUCUCUUCCCUUCUGAACUUCUUACUCUUACAGUCAUACCUUUCUUUCUUCUUGAUCAUUGCUCUGCUUCACAUGAUAUUACAAAUUAUAAUGGUUAUUCUCUUAUAUACAAUGAAGAAAGGUGCAAGUUUUCACUUUAGCUAUAACUAGCUUGGUUUCAAUGAAACUUUGUUCAUUAUCCAUGAGAUUUAAGGUUGGCCGAGUUUGACAUGAUUUUUCAGUGGAAAGUGAGAGUGUUUUUAGUUGACUAAAACCAAAUGUUUUGAUGAUUAGUUCUGCCCUUUUCUUUUAUUUUUUACUUUCUUGCUGGAGUGGUUUCCAAUCAAGUAUUUGGAUAAAAAGCACUCUUGCAAACAGGAUUGACUUCAAUUCAACUGUUAAUGUGCAUUAUUUUUCAAACUAUGGGGUCCAAAGCUGCUGAUCUGAAUACAAGUUGCGAACUUUAAGUCCAAAUUUGUAUAAUUUUGCUAUGGAAAUUGUAUGG